GAGACACAGCCAUAGAGUAAAUGUUUAUAUAGCUCGAUAGUUAAGCAUAACACUGCUUUUUUAACAAACCCAGGUCCAGAGCACCAAGAAAAUAUGCAAAUUCUGUCUUACUUUUCAAAGUUGUAGUGAAAAUCCUUGUAAAAAUCUUUGGGAAAAAACAACUUUGAGAGGAGUGAAUGCUGGUGAAAUUAAUCUCUCCCGAUAGUAUUCAACUUAAGACUUAACCCACCCACCCCUCUCCCCCUGCCCCUGUUACCCUCCCUCAGGUGGUAUUCUCAUUGCAAGGCCUUCCCUGUUUUCGGGCCGUUACUAAAUAGAAGCGACAUGAGCAGUGUCGUCUAUGAUUUGCUCAUCAAAUCUUCUCACAGUCUAUCUCUAAAUCUCACUAUCUCUCCCGAUAGUAUUCAACUUAAGACUUAACCCACCCAGCCCUCUCCCCCCGCCCCCAACCCGCGCGAUAUCUCCUGCUUCACCUCUACUGCUAGAUGGAGGAAACUCGAGGACCAGCAAGUCAACAGGGAGGGAGAAGAUUUGAUGAGCAAAUCAUAGACGACACUGCUCAUGUUGCUUCUAUUUAGUAACGGCCCGAAAACAGGGAAGACCUUGCAAUGAGAAUACCACCUGAGGGAGGGUAACAGGGGACCUUUUGACACGAGAAAGCGUGACAUUGCUCUCUCCCAAAUAGCGCAAACAAAAUGGCUGGUGGAGAGUAUCUUGUUUGCUUCUCGGAGAAAUGUGAAAAGGAAGACAUAAAACAGCACAUCAUUGAUUGCUUAACCCUUGCUAAGUUUAGCGUAUCACGAGAAGAAUUUGAAGGAAAAACGUUGCUAACCGUCGGUGCUCCUUUCGAAAUUCUAGCUCAAAAGGCGGACGAAGUUGGUUUGGAGAAAACCACGACGACUGAACACAAAAUCCGAGAAUUUGUCAUUGGUAGACUUGAUGAAUAUGUUGGAAGUGAAGAUGAAGCCACAUUUUUUACAUCAGCUGAAAGGGCUCAUUUACUUGAGAUUUGCCUGGAAUCUGUACAGUAUAAUAAAGAGCAUUUAAUGUCCUUUGGUGUUAAAUUCAGAGGAGACGGCUCAUUCAUCACAGACUGUAUGCAUUCUAAGCCACCUAUCCUAGAGUCAGCUUUUCCUCUUCAUCAAGCCCAGGAACAAGAGAAAAUAUGGAAAAGAAUGAAGCAAAAUGUGAUUGUUUGUCCAUUGCAGGAGAUCAGGGAUUACUAUGGAGAAGGUGUUGCAUUUUAUUUUGGCUGGAUGACAUGUUUUACCUGGACAUUAGUACCAAUAGCAUUUGUAGGAAUCCUGCUGUACUUUUUCAAGCCUCGAGGUGUCACUGUUGACGACAACCCUCUGUUACCUUUGUAUGAGGUUCUAAUGGCUUUCUGGGCAAUCAGCUUUCUUACUGUAUGGAAAAGAAAAGAAUCAGAAUACUCAUUCUUGUGGCGAACACACAGUCUGGAAAACUCAGAACUGCUGCGUCCUGAGUUCUCUGGUGAAAUACGUCCUAGCCUUAUCACUGGAAAACCAGAGAAGUAUUUUCCCAGAUGGAAAAGAUGGCUGCGUUAUGGCUUAAGUUUUUUGUUAACUUUGCCUGUGCUCAUGUUGGCUGUUGGUGCAAUGCUGUGUUCACUCAACUUCAAUGGUUACAUCAAAGAUAAAGACAGCCCUGUCUAUAUUGCAGCUUUUGCUUACUUUGCAGAACCGGGCCACAUUUUUGCAGCUGACAACCAGUACUAUGGAUAUCUAAUUCCUACUAUUGGUCAUUCAGUGGUCAUCAAUAUAUUGAACAAAUUGUACCGUUCUGUGGCAAACUUUUGUACUGACGUGGAAAAUCAUAGGACAGAGAGGGACUGGGACAACUCGCUUAUCAUAAAACGCGUGUUUUUCGAGAUCUUUGACUGCUUUUUACCGCUGUUCUACAUUGCGUUUUAUCAGCUUAAUGUUGUCGCCCUGCAAAGAGAACUGGUUGGCCUGUUUUGGGGUGAUGAGAUACGCCGCCUCAUAACAGAAUCACUUCUUCCAUAUUUGACGGAAAAAGGCCAUGUGUGGAAAGUAAAGAGAGAGUAUGCUAAGAGUAAAAAAGAUGCAGAUGAAAAAGGUUUCAUUCCUUCUCAGGCUCAACAGGAUAUUGUUUUAGAGGAAUAUGAACAGUUUGAUGACUAUUUGGAAAUGGUUGUGCAGUUUGGGUAUGUGACCCUGUUUGCAUCUGCUUUUCCACUUGCUGCGGCUGUGAGCAUUGUGUUCUUGUUCAUUGAGGGAAGGGCUGACUUAUUUAAACUACUUUAUGUGUAUCAGCGUCCAAGAGUUAGGAGGAUGUCCAAUAUUGGUGCAUGGUACAAUGUUCUGUAUACCAUGAUGGUUCUCUCUAUGCUCACAAACAGCUUAAUUGUUGGAUUCUCUUCUGAACAACUUGCUGUAUGGUGUCCUUGGAUGUAUGAGACUAUUGACAAUGAUCAGUUCAUUAUUUCUGGAUAUGGAAGGUAUGUUGUAGCCAUUGUGUUUUGUAUCGAGCAUUUCCUUAUCCUGUGUGCUGUAUUUGCAAGAUGCCUGGUGUGUGAAAAACCUAAAUGGGUGCGCAUUGCAGUGGCUAAAGAGAACUACGAGAGAGUGCAAGAAGCAAAAGAGGAGAAAGAGAAAACCAAGUAGCCAACAUCAUCAAAGAACUUUUGUGGAUAGCCGUUCUUUUUGUUCCUGAAAGAGGUGAAGAAUCGGCUAGAAUUGCACUCUACAAAGAAGAUCACUUUCCAGACACUUGAAAAGAUCUCCAAUUAGAAUUCUGCCUAUGAAAUUACUGCUUAGAGUUGAGACCUUGAACGCAUUUAUUUUUUCUCAGUAAUUUGGUGCUUCUCUGACUUCUAUCAUUGUGUGCUUUUGUGUUUCACUUUGCACUAAUGAAGCCUUGCAUUUACUAGGGUAAUCUGUAGGAGCAGCUGCAUAAACUUUGAGUGAAAACCAGCAAAAUCAAUCUAUCAAUUUAAAUAUUUGGCUACAUACUGUUAAAUAAUAUUAUUAUGGAAUAACUUAUUGCUGCACACUUUGUCAUAAAAAUGAAUUAUUUAUAGCUGGUAAUUAAAUUAUUAUUGGACAGAGAGACUGAAAAGAAUAGUUUAUACUUCAUAUUGCACUUAAUUACUUGCAAAGAUAUGUAAAGCAAAAUAUAUUACAGCUGUGGUGUUAAAUUGAGUGUGUAGUGAGACUAGUUUGGAAUAAAUUAUGUGGUGUUGUA